AUGGAAGGAGAAGAUAUUUUAUACGAGGUCAGAGACAGAAUGACAAUUAUCACUUUGAAUAGACCCGAAGUUUUAAAUGCCCUUAAUGGGGAUCAAUACUUGUUAUUGGCCAAAUUAAUGGAAAGAGCCAACCAGGAAGAAGAUACCGUGGUCACCUUACUUCAAUCUACCGGUAGAGCAUUUAGUGCCGGGGCUAACUUUGCCGAUAAAGGUCUUGCUAACGCUUCUACUGAAGAAUUAUUUAGUCACGAAUACUGGCUUAAUCGUUUUGUUUCCAGAAAUGUCUUUUUAGCAGACUUGUUUCAUAAUCAUGAUAAAGUUUUGAUUGCUGCCUUGAAUGGUCCAGUCGUUGGAUUAACCACCGGGUUAAUCUCAUUAUGUGAUUUGAUUUACGCAAAAGAUGAAAAGGAAACUUUCCUUUUGGCUCCUUUUGCUAACUUGGGUUUGGUUGCCGAAGGUGCUUCCAGUGCUAGUUUAUUCUUGAGAUUGGGCUGGUCGGUGGCCUCGGAAGCCUUGUUGUUUUCAAGAAAAAUCCCCGGUGAAAGAUUGACUCAAUUGGGAUUUAUUAAUAAGUCCUAUCACGAUGAGAAAUUCGCUUCCACCGAAGAAUUCAACGCCCGUGUGCAAAAGGACGUUCUUACUCAGUUUGAAGACUUACAUGAACAAUCCAUUUUCCAAAAUAAACAAUUAUUAAAGGCUAACAGAGAUCAAUUGAUCAAUAGUAGUAUUACUCGUGAAGUUAUUAAAGGUUUGAACAAAUGGACCGAGGGUAUUCCCCAAGGUAAGUUUGCUCAAUUGAUGCAAAAGGACAUCAAACAUAAACUCUAG